GCCGGUCUGAGAGCUGGAGGGUCCGUGUCUGAGGAGCUGCUGCUGUUUGUUCGGGACCUCCGGGACUUUCUGACUUUUCUGGAAAAGUUUGAAGUAAUAAUCCAGCAACUGGCAGCUUGGACUCUUUUCUAUAGCCUACAUAUAUAUAUUUCAGCAUUUACAAGAUCGUGUUGAGAUGAUUCCUCACAUCCUCACACACCUGCUCUGCCUGGUGUGUGUGUGUUUUGCUCGUCCUCAGCCAGCGCACUCAGUGAAGCUGCAGGCGACUCCAGCGAGCGGCUCGCUGGCGGGUCGGGUGGUGCUGCCGUGCCACUUCUCCAUCGGCGCCGUGCUCGGCCCCUCGGCCACCACCGCCACUCCAACGCCCGCCCCGCUCCUGCCGUCCCCCCACACCACCCCGAGCCCCGAUGGCGAGCUGAGGAUCAAGUGGACGAAGCUGGAGGAAGGCGUGGAGAAGGUGGUGCUGGUGGCACAGGCCGGCGUGGUGAAGGUGGGGCAGGACUACAUGGGCCGGGUGUCGGCGCCGAGCCACCCGCUGUCGGUCGGAGACGCCUCGCUGAUCAUCGUGCGGCUCAGGGCCAGCGACGCCGGACUGUACCGAUGCGAGGUCAUGCACGGGAUGGAGGACACGCAGGACACCGUCAGCCUCGGAGUCACGGGUGUGGUGUUCCACUACAGAUCGAGCACCAGUCGUUACACUCUGGACUUCCCCGGCGCGGUGGAGGCGUGCAUUAACGCCGGCGCCUCCGUCGCCACGCCCGAACAGCUGCAGGUGGCUUUUGAAGACGGCCUCGACAGAUGUGACGCCGGCUGGCUCGCCGACCAGAGCGUCAGGUACCCGAUCACAGAGCCGCGGCCCGGCUGUGAAGGAAACCUGCUGAACCGACCCGGAGUCAGAACGUACGGCAUCAGAGACCCCACGGAGAAAUAUGACGUGUACUGCUACGUAGAUAAAAUCAACGGAGACGUCUUCUUCCCGUCCUCUGUGAAGGACAAGCUGACGCUGCAGGAGGCCAGAGACGAGUGUGAGAGACACGACUCGGUGCUGGCGUCUCCUGGUCAGCUGUUUGCGGCGUGGAGGGCGGGGCUUAACCGCUGCGACUACGGCUGGCUGUCUGACGGCAGCGUGCGCUACCCCAUCACCGUCCCCAGGCCCCAGUGUGGAGGAGGCCUGCUGGGGGUCCGAACCCUCUACAAGUACGAGAACCAGACCGGGUACCCCGACCCAGAGGACCGACACGGACUGUACUGCUUCAAGGCUAAACCAGAGCCGACGACUACCAGUCCACCGCUGACACCAGCCUUACUCCCUGAAAGAGCCGAACUCCAAACCGGAGCACACACAGCUUCACCAGACCUGCACACCUCCCCUCACACCACCGUGACCCCAACCGUUGUGUUAGACGACUAUGAUGGUCAAGAUUUUGACCCAAACAGAUUAGAGUCGAUACCCAUUAGAGGCAACAUUCUGCACCCCAUGCAGCUCCCUCCUUUACCCACCACCCGCUCACAGCCCGCCCACCUGGACACACCCCAUGAGGGGACGGACGGAGGCCAGGCGGGGUCGGGGCGAAGUGAGAGCAGCGGCAGUGGCGAGGGAGGCAGCAGCGAUGACGCCUCCAGCGGGGCAGGGGUGGGAGUAAUGGUGACGCCAACUCCAGCGGGGAUGGAACCAACAUCGAGACCAUCUCAGCUUCUGGAGUCCACUCCAGCUGUUCACGGAAUCCACACCCCAGGACCAGGCCUACCAGCCGUGACCGUGACUGGAGACGGGCAGCAACCAGCAAUUGUUUUCAAAGAGGAUGCGACUGCUGGACCUUUAUCAACGCUCGACUUCGACACAUCGCUGGCCAUUCCUGAAGACGGACAGUCUUCAGCCAAACCACCUUUCCAUCUCAUCAUCGUCAAUGUGCACGACAACAAUCAGACAGUUGACCAAAUCCUGGACAUCCUGAACAAGCCUGGGAUCAGCGGCUCCCAACCCCUGUUCCCCCAGAUCACUGAUUUCUCACAGAUGACUAGUGAAGCCAUCCAGGGCAGCGGAGACAUCAGCCCUCCGGAGGUUUCUCCCAUUAACCUGCCUCCAAGCAUUAGCUUUGUCAAUGGAAAACAUGAGGUGACAUUUGAGCCCCAGCUGCCAGAGGAAGCCAAGGGAGAUCAGUUUGAGACGGCCACGCCUGUUCGGGUCAAUGAGGUGCCGGAAGAUAAAGAAGAAGAAGAGACGGAGGAGAGCGUGACUCCUUUUGACUACAGUGCCAUAGAGAUCCCCACAGAGGAGAUUCCUACAGAGGAGACGCCUAUAGAGGACAUCAGUGAUGCACACUCUCAUCUCGGAGAUAUUUAUCCAGAUGUGGACUCGGGUGUUGAUGCAGACAUUUUCCCUGAUGUCUUUGAGGGAGUCAAAACUGAAGAACCAGGUGAUCAGACAGCGAUAAGAACCACCACCACCACCACCACCACCAUGAAACCAUCUACGCUCCCUGUCUCAUCUCUGGCGUCCACUACACCAUCAGGCCCAGUCCCCCCCAGUGUCACUGAAGGGGUCUCCAGCUUCGAGGACGUGGAAGGCUCUGCAAGCCGUGGCACUGAUGACGAGGUCGGAGCGACGCCCGAGGGCUCCGCAGACGACGCUUCGCCCACGCCGGCUUCAGGCAGCCAGUCCGGCAUCAUGACUGAUGAGACCGAAAUCGGUGGGACAGAGCUUCCUACUUCUAGCCCCGCCACCCAGUCUCAAGAAACCACCACACAGACCCAGACAGAAGAUUUUGAAGGAUCUGCCUCUGGGGAAGAAGAAGCUUCAGGACAAGACCCACCAGAGAUGCCAAAGUUAACCAGUACACUACCACCAAGUCAUUCUACCCUGCACACCCAAGUCCCAGAAGUGCCUGUGGUUUUACCGGCUGUUGACACGGUCACAGAGGCAGGUUCAGGUGCAGAGCAGCUGUCCGCAGACGGGGAGGUUUCUGGUGAGCAGGGUGGUCUGGUUGACCCUCUGAGAGAGGUCACUGUUACUGUUUUACCAGAUGUGGCAGCUGUGACUGUUGGGGACCAAACCACACUCACCACAGACAUUAAAGACCCAACCUCAGAACCUAGCACGCCAAAACACUCCUCACACCCCACCCCUGCAGACACAGAUGAUAAGAAACAUCCUGCUCUUUCUCUUUCCACCAUGCCAGCACCAACAACCCCUGAAGUCCACACGCCCUCCACCACCGAGUCCUACCGGGACCAGACCGAGCGGUCCACCACCAAGUCCACACAGAUGGUUUCCACCACUUCGCCCUUGUACACUUUUGACGGCAACACCCACUCCGUCCCCCAGUGGGCUCUGAUCCCUGACCCCGCUGCCACCCCUCUACCGGAUGAUGAUUUUGUGGACUACGACAAGGAGGUGGCCCGUCUUUUGCCAGAGGCCCUCCCUCCGAUACCGGAAGGAACCCAGCAGGCCACAGAGCAGCCAGAGAGCGGGACCUAUCCUGUGGAGGCCAGCACCGUGGAUAUCAGAGAUCUCCUGCCUUGUUCUAGCAGCGAGUGUCUGAAUGGAGGCUCCUGCUACAAAAAAGGAGCUCAAAAUAUCUGCGUUUGUGCACCUGGAUUUAGUGGGCCGUUCUGUGAAACAGAUGUUGAUGAGUGCCACAGUAACCCGUGUCUGAAUGGAGCCACCUGUCUGGACGGAGUCAACUCCUACACCUGUCUCUGCCUGCCCAGCUACUCAGGAGAGCUCUGUGAACAAGACAUUGAGGUUUGUGGAUUCGGCUGGCAGAAGUUCCAGUCUCACUGUUAUAAGUACUUCACACACCGGAGGACGUGGGACGCUGCAGAGAGGGAGUGUCGGCUGCACGGCGCCCACCUGACCAGCAUCCUGUCGCAGGAGGAGCAGCUCUACGUCAACCGUCUGGGCAGUGACUACCAGUGGCUCGGCCUCAACGACAAAAUGUUUGAGAGAGACUUCAGAUGGACGGAUGGAAAACCAAUGCAAUACGACCACUGGAGGCCCAACCAGCCCGACAGCUUCUUCCAGUCCGGAGAGGACUGUGUGGUGAUGAUCUGGCACGAGGGCGGACAGUGGAACGACGUGCCCUGCAACUACCACCUGACCUUCACCUGCAAGAAGGGCACAGUCGCGUGUGGGCAGCCUCCUGUGGUGAAGGAAGCUCGCAUGUUUGGGGGGAUGAAGCCUCGCUACGAGAUCAACUCGCUGCUGCGCUAUCACUGUAAGCAGGGCUUGAUCCAGAGACACGCCCCCACCAUCCGCUGCCGCGCCAACGGCCAAUGGGACACUCCCAAAGUGACGUGCACGAGCCCCGCCACCUACCACAAGUCCAUCUCCCUCCGGCGCCGCAACAACCAGAACAACGAGCAGCAGAACCGGCACUAUAACCACCACGUCCACCACACCAAGACCCCUCAGAAACACCGUGAGGAGGAGGAGCAGCAGCAGCAGAGCUACAGCCUCUUCCAGAGCCUCUGGAACCCGUUCAGGAGGGAGAAGAGGCAGCAGGAACACAGCCAGGAGCAGGAGAUCAGACACUGA